GUUUCUGUAAUGGCAACAAUAUCAUAUCUGCCCUUUAUUAUUAAUGCUAGAAAUGGAACUGCCGGUGCAGAUAAACAAUAUUUAUGCUUCCAUGGCUACUUCCAGGUAGAUGAUUGUCACUGAUGACUCAAAUGGUAGCUUUUGUAUUUUAUCAAUUCCCUAAGUGCUACACAUGUCUUUAAUCACUUUGAUACGGUGGUGGUGUCACUAAUGUAUGUACUAUAUGCUAUUUUUGAGACAAAUAUUUAAAUGCCUAAUGCCAAUGGAAGAACGUUUGUUGAAAAUGACAUUGGAAGAGAGACGUAAAGAAUAUGUACGGGAUUAUGUACCCUUGAAAGAUAUUCCAACAUGGAAGGAAGAAAUGAAAAGCCAAGCCCAAAGUGAUGAAGAAAACACCAAUGAAGCUUUCUUGCUGCAGAAAAGUCUUAGUGAAAAAGUUUCCCUAUACAGAGGUGAUAUCACAGUGCUUGAGAUUGAUGCCAUAGUUAAUGCUGCUAAUUCAAGUCUUCUUGGAGGAGGUGGUGGUAAGUUUUUCUUUUUUGCCUCUUAUGUAUUGAAAAAACUAAUCUAUAUUUAA